AUGUCUGUGAAGAAGUUAAAAAGCAGCGGUCUGCUUAGGCUAGAAAGUAAGAGCGUCGAUAAGACGGACGCGAAUAACAAUUUCGUAAAAAAAAGCGCAAAUGUAAAAAUUGUGAGGAAGAAAACGGAUGGGCAAAUUGAGAGGACCCUGACGGGUACCGUUCCUUUGCAGAAGGAGGGGGACAAAGUGGUGAAGCGGAAGGUCCUUAAGAAGGCGCAAGAAGGGGGAGUCACCGUUGUGAUGAACGUAGGCAGCACAGGGAAUGUUGGCAGCACAGGGAAUGCUGGCGGCACAGGGAAUGCUGGCGGCACAGGGAAUGAUGGCAGCACAGGGAACGAUGGCAACGCUGCUAACAUGGCGGAAUCAACCAUGAGGAAGCAGGAUGAAAAAAAGAGUUAUGUCGUUCGGAAGACCGCCGCGAAGUUUAGUGUGAGGUCGGGGAAGACGAACGAAGCUGCCCACAGAGACCUCUUUGGGGAAGAUGACGAGGGGAAUGGAGAGGAAAGUCUGAAGGGGAACUUCAACUAUGACGAUGCUGGCAGCGGUAACGGAAAGGAUUACCAGGACAAUAAUAGCCCUGCUGGUGAUUACGCCCCCCCUCAUGUUGCGAAAAAAAUUGUGAAGAAAAAAAAACCCACUGAGAGGGAUCCAAACCGAAGCAACCUUUUUACAAAUGAUGCCAUUCCUGGAACUCAAUUUGAGCACCCAGGCAACCCCCCCAACGGAAGGAACUACAAAAGCGAUAAGGUAGAAGAAGACGACUCGGAAAAUGAAAUCCUGAAUUCAAUUAUCAGCAGAAAUGACGAGUCCACCUUAGGAGAACCACCCAAGGAGGUACCUAUAAGUGGGAAAUUAAAGAAUGCAGAAAAGGGUAACCAGCCCCCUGGCGGACUGACACCUCGCGGCGCCACGACGAUGACCAUGGAUAGUAGCAGUGGUGGGAAGAGCAGCAUUGCUGGGAACGGUAGCAUUGCUGGGAACGGUGGCAUUGCUGGGAACGGCAGCAUUGCUGGGAACGGUGGCAUUGCUGGGAACGGUAGACGGCCGAACGAAUGCUGCGAACAAAUGGUGAACGAAAUAAAAAUGAACGAAACGAAACUCGCAGAAAUGCAACAGACGCACGAACAAAAAAUGAACAGCAUG